ACCAUAAUAUUUCCAAUAAAAUUUAAAAUAAUUUAAUUUUUAAAAAAGCUAUAUUAAAAUUAAAAUGUUAUAAAUAUGCAAGAUAGUUCAAAAUCAUUUUUAAUAAAAGAUAUUCUUGGUGAAUUAAUUAAGACUGAAAGUUCAAAUGAUGAAGAUGAUCCAGAAAUCUUGGAUGAUAAUAUUGAAGUAGAUGUAGAAGAUCAAUCAUCAUCAGAUACAAAUUAUUCAAAUCCAAGUAAAUUAUGUGGUAAUAAUAUUAAUAUUGUUCGUCAACAUCAAUCUCAUCAUGAUCAUAAUGGUAAUAAUUUACAUAUGUUUGGUGAUUCAACAACAUCAAAUAUAUUACUAUCAAAUAGUAAUGAGCAAUUACUUAAGAAACCAAAUACAAUAACUAAAAUAAGUCGAAAACCUAGAAGACGACGAACUGCGUUUACUCAUGCACAAUUAGCAUUUCUUGAAAGAAAGUUUCGUUGUCAAAAAUAUUUAUCUGUAGCUGAUCGUAGUGAAGUGGCGGAAACUUUAAAUUUAUCUGAAACACAAGUCAAAACAUGGUAUCAAAAUCGGAGAACAAAAUGGAAACGACAAAACCAAUUACGGUUAGAACAGCUACGUCGACAUGCUUCCGUUGAAAAAGAACGUGCCAAUAGCGAACAACAUCCUUCUGCAACUUUACCUUAUUGUACAGCAGCACUUUCUUCAUAUUCUUCAAAUUCUUGUACUUUAUUAACAACAGCAGCGGCUGCGGCAGCUAUUUUUCGUAAUUUAAGCUAUGAUCCUGGAUGUCCUUUCUAAUAUUUUAUUCAAGAACAAUUUGAUAUUAUAUUAUAUUACUGUAACACAUUCAUGUAAAAUAUUUGCAUCAAUUAUGUAUGUCUUUCAGGAUUAAUAUAAAAAUCAUACGUAAUGUUAUAUUACUAUUAUUAUUAUUUUUCCAUCUUGUUAAAAAAAAGCAAUUCUGAUAAAAAUAAUGUAAAUUUGAUAUU